AAACUGUUCCUCUCUCCGGGGUUUCCACUGUGCCUUAGAAACUCCGGCUUCGCCAGAUUCACUCCGGGUUUUCUCUUUUGCCCAGCCGACUCCGCCCCGCGGCUCCGGUUUCAGCCGCUGCUACAGGGACCCCCAAGAUGGAAACGCAGGGGCUGCUUGCCGCGGUGGAGGCGGCCCGGCCUGAGCCUGGCACCCAACAACAUGGCGGCAGCGUCGUUGUCAGCGAUGGGGCUCUCUCCUCGGCCUCUUCGCCCUCAGGGCCCACUCGCCAAUCUCCUCAGCGGCGUGACUCGGCCGCGGCAGGAGCGUCAGGAGGAGGCCUGGACGUGACAUUUCCAGUGUUGCUGCUGCUUGAGGGGGAGAAGCCGCCGGAGCCGCCGCCACCAUUGCCGCCGCCGCCGCCCCCUCCUGCUCAGCCUCCAGUAGCGCCGCCGGGACCCUCCGCCGCUACUUUCGCUCUUCAGGCGGGCGCUGGGGGCCCGGCGCAGCAGGACAACGACGCUCUCCUGCUGGUGCUCAACCUGGUGCGGGGCGGAGCCUCCGGGAGCCUCUCGGCUGGCCCUCCGCCUCAGCAGGAGAAGGUCCCGGGCGGCAGCCGAGGAGGAAGCGAGGCGCCAUCGUCGGCACCCUCCGAGGGGAGCGGCCGCCAGCAGAAGCCGCCCCAGGAGGACUCGGGCGCCGGCUCGUCCUUCUCGGGCACCCUCACCAUCAACAACCAGAGCCUGCUGGUGCGCUUCGAAAACGGCCUGCUUAGCCUCGGGGCCCCCGCGCCGCCUCAGCCCCCCAGCUCUGCCGCCGAGCCCUCCUCGGUUUCCUCCUCAGGCGGCAGCGGCCAGGCGCGCACGGCAGUCGUGUAUUCUUGCCCGGAGCCCGGCUGCGCCGAGACCUUCUCCCGCAAACAGUUGCUGCGGCUGCACCGGCUGUCGGCUCACGGCACCAGCUCCGCGGCGGGUCAGGAUGGCGGAGGCGGCGAAGAAAUGGACGCCUCCGCAGGCUCGGGCCGGUCGGCGCGUCCCUUUUGCUGCCCGGUCCCUGGCUGUGCUUGGGCCUUCGCCACCGCCUACAAGCUGCGGCGCCACCUGCACUCGCACGACAAGCUGCGGCCUUUCGCCUGCCCGGCUCCCGGCUGCACCAAGCGCUUCACCACCAUCUACAACUUGCGGGCGCACGGCCGAGCCCACGAACAGGAGGCGGCGCACAAGUGCGAGGCCUGCGGGCAGCGCUUCCCCAGUGCUGCCCGUCUCGGGGCGCAUCAACGGCGGAGCCAUCUGGAGCCCGACCGGCCUUACCGGUGCGAGUAUCCAGGUUGUGAGAGGACUUUCAUAACAGUGAGUGCAUUAUUUUCCCAUAAUCGAGUCCACUUUAGAGAACAAGAACUUUUCUCCUGCUCCUUCCCAGGAUGUAGCAAACAGUAUGACAAAGCCUGCCGACUGAAAAUCCACAUGAGAAGUCAUACAGGAGAAAGGCCUUUCAUUUGUGAUUUUGAAGGUUGUGGCUGGUCUUUCACUAGCAUGUCCAAGUUAUUAAGACACAAAAGGAAGCAUGAAGAUGACAGGCGAUUUACAUGUUCUGUAGAAGGCUGUGGAAAAUCCUUCACAAGAGCAGAACACUUGAAAGGCCAUAGUAUCACGCAUCUUGGCACAAAGCCAUUUGCGUGUCCAGUAGAAGGUUGUUGUGCAAAAUUCUCUGCACGCAGUAGUCUGUACAUUCACUCCAAAAAGCACCUUCAGGAUGUGGAUUCAUUGAAGACUCGCUGCCCUGUUUCUAGCUGUAAUAAACUGUUUACUUCCAAACAUAGCAUGAAAACGCAUAUGGUCAAACAACACAACUUCAGUGCAGAUCUCUUAAAUCAAAUGGAAACUAUCAGUUCCCUGACGCCUAGCAGUGAACUCACCAAUUCAGGACAGAGUGAUCUCAGCAAUAUAGAUCUUGUGUCCCUCUUUUCCAGUGUAUCUGGGAACAGUUCUGGAAUUUCAACUGAUAUGGCUCUGAUAAACUCUGGAAUUCUUACUAUAGAUGUUGCCUCUGUGGGCUCCACCCUUGGGGGCAAUCUUUCUGUUGGUAGCAAUUCUCUUGGUCAGACAGUUGAUCCACUGAUUUUAGUGGCUAGUAGUGACAUUCCACACAGCCUGGAUAGCUCUCUUCUCUUGGGAACCAAUGCCACAGUCUUACAGCAAAGCACUUUAAAUCUGGAUGAUGUACAAACUGUAAAUGCAGAGGCUUUAGGCUCACUAGCAUCUUUGUCCACAAAGAAUUCCAAUCAAGAUCUGCAUGGUUUGACCUCCAGCAAUAACCUUUCUGUAGACACAGCCACUUUAACCCCUUCCAGCAGCCUUGGUGGAAACAGUGCUCCUGAAUUACUAGCUCCAAGUAAACCAGAACAGACUUUGCUUCCCAGCCUGGACGUUGUGGGACAGCAAGAAGGCAGUAAAGUGGUGACUCAGUUUGUGUUCUCCAACCCUCCAGGAAGUUACAGUGCGCAGAAAGAAACUGAUCUGAGCAUGGUGACUGGCAGCUCUUUUCUGGAGAGUGGUGGGUCUGCAAGAACUGAUUAUAGAGCCAUUCAGCUUGCCAAGAAGAGAAAACAGAAAGGAAACGGGAGCGAUAUUGGAGCCCCUACCUCUGGCAUAAGAAAAAGCAAAGGAGAUAAAAUCAGUUCUAGCCAUGGAACUCGGUUGUGUAACAGUGUUUUGCCAAAUGGUGGCCUACCAGUAAGAGAUUCAUCAGCUGGCUCACAGUAUGGUCAGAUUCAGCUACUUCAGGAUGAUUCCCCAGGAGAGGGAGAUCUUCCAUUUCAGCUUAGCGCUCAGUCUUCCUCUUCACAUUCUCAGCUAACAGUGGAUUUGCCUGUUCAUAUUCUUCAGGAGCCCCACAAUUCCAAUGAAGAGGAUGCUAGUUCGGAUAAUUCUCAGUUUACAGGAAGCACAAUUAAUCUACAAGACCUGGAAUGAUAGUCUCUGGAACAGAAACACUGAGCUGCUUAAAAAGUGCAGUGGCGUCUUGAGAACAGUACGCUCCUGCUUUUACAAGAAAAAGUGAAAAAUAGGAGCACACACUCAGUACUAUCAUGUGGUUUGCUUGAUGGUCAUACUGCAAUGCAAAACCUGUUCAGUAAAUUUUAUUUGAUAAGGCU